AUGUGCCACAGACUGAAGCAGCUGCUCUGGGACAGACUGGAAGAGUGUGGCUGGAGGGACGAGGUAGAAGCACAUGCACGGGAGAUAAUGCUGGCCGAGGGCAACGCGAAUCUGGCGGUGAGUGAUCUGGUGAAGGCAUUGCGUCCUCGCGGCCGCGCGGCCGUCCCCGACGACGUCAAGGCCGAGUUGCUGGCCAAACUGCGAGCUGAGAUCGUGUCCUAG